AUGACAGCAGCUGAUAAUUCAUCACAAAAACAUGAUCCUGAACAAGUAGAAGAAAUGGCUGUUGCCGAUAGUGCGACGAACACCACCAAUACUGUUAGAAAAACGAGUGACGGUUUAGAAGUUCUUGAUGAUACACAAAACUCAAAAUUAUCAUUGCGUCAAAUUCGAACUGUGUUAAUAUCAUCAACGGGAUUCUUCAUGGAUGCCUACGAUAUAUUUGUUAUAAAUCUUGCAGUACCAAUGUUGGGCUACGUGUAUUAUAGCCAUAAUAAUAAUAAAAUUCCAUCAAAUAUUCAAGGAGCAAUCAAAGGUAUAACAAAUGUUGGGAAUCUUAUUGGUCAACUUCUAUUUGGAAUACUUGGUGAUUCUGUUGGACGGCAUAAAAUAUAUGGUUUAGAAUUACUUAUUAUCAUCAUUGCUACAAUCGCCUCCGCCAUGUCAGGAGCAGCUGCUACAGGAGUUGGAACACUGGGCUUUCUGGGCUUUUGGCGCCUAUUGUUAGGAAUUGGAAUAGGAGGUGAUUAUCCUAUGUCAGCUACGGUGACAUCCGAGUGGUCAUCGGCUGGUCGUCGGGGUCAAAUGGUUGCUCUAACAUUUUCUAUGCAAGGAUGGGGGCAGUUUUUCGGUGCACUUGUAGAUAUUAUUUUAUUGGCCAUAUUUAAACGUGCAAUUGAAGCUGAUCAAAUCAACAUUGAUUAUGUCUGGAGGAUUUUACUUGCUAUGGGUGUUUUGCCAGCAGUAUGCACCAUUUACUAUCGUUUCAUGCUACCAGAGUCACCUCGUUUUGCAAAAAAUGUUCUCAAAGAUGAUACCAAGAUGAAAACAGGACUUGCAUUUGCCAAAAUAAAGAAUAAUGACACAUCAAAAAAAGAAGACCAAAAAGAACGUAUUAUAGCUGUAGUUGAAGUUCAGGAUCAACGGGAAAUCGAAAAGAUAGAAAAUCAACAACAACCAAUUGAGCAACGUCAACAUUUACGUGACUUCACCCGAUAUUUUUCAAAAUGGAAACAUUUUAAAGUCCUUCUUGGCACAUCUUCAUCAUGGUUUUUACUUGAUAUUGCCUUUUAUGGUCUAGCAUUGAACCAAUCAGUAGUUUUAUCAGCAAUCGGAUUUGCACCCAUGAACAAAUCACCUUGGGAAACACUAUGGAAGCAAGCAAUAGGAAAUCUUAUUAUCACCUUAUUAGGAUCGAUACCAGGUUAUUAUUUUACAGUAUUUCUUGUUGAAAAGAUGGGCCGUAAAACAAUUCAGUAUAUGGGUUUUGCUAUAGAAACAAUUCUCUUUACAAUAGUUGCUGUAGCCUAUCAUCCUCUCAAGGAGCACGCUUUACCCGCAUUUGUCAUUCUAUUCGUUCUCAUUCAGUUUUUCUUUCAAUUUGGUGCGAAUACCACGACAUUCAUCAUUCCUGCCGAGGUUUUUCCUACAAGAUUUCGUGCUACGGCUCAUGGAAUAUCAGCUGCCUCUGGAAAGGCUGGUGCAAUUAUAGCUGCAUUUGCUUUCAACGCUCUAGUGGAUGUCGGUGGUACGAAUAGAUUUUUACCUCAAACCCUUGGGAUAUUUGCUGCUAUUCAGUUUUUGGGUAUUUUUACCACAAUGCUGAUACCAGAACCAAAAGGGAAAGGCUUAGACUAUUUCGAAGAUGAUAAAAGUGAGUGGCGGAAAAAUAGUAGUACUGAGAAAGUGUAG